AUGUCUUCUGCGACAGGACUUCCCGAACCCCCUCCUUCCCAGGACCGGGAACGGGACAGCGACCAGAACGAGUUGGAGCCCUUGCUGGGUCGACCCGGCGAUGCCCAGCAGCCACCCGGCCAGUUCAUUGCAAAGAACCUCGUCCUCGGCACCGGCAUCAUCGCCCAGUUCGGCGCCGUCAUCUUUGUCGCCAUGAUUUGGGCCGCGGUCCUCACAAAGGACGUGAUCCUUUUCUCGGGCCACCCUCUCGCCCAGAGCCUUGCCAUUUUCACACUCACCCAGUCUAUUCUCUCCCUGCAACCGACACACACUCCCGACCAGAAGCGUGUUGGCCAGCGCGUUCACGCGAUCCUAAACUUGCUGGCCUUUCUCUUUCUCGUUACCGGCAUCACCAUCAUUGAGUAUAACAAAUUCCGCCAGGGCCCUGGCUCCCACUUCCACUCCGUCCACGGCUACCUUGGCGUCAUCGUCUCCGUCAUCCUGCUACUGCAGUAUAUCAUUGGCUUCACCAUGUGGGCCACCCCCAAGCUUUACGGCGGCGAGGACAAGGCCAAGUCCAUCUGGAAGUACCACCGCUGGAGUGGUUAUGUCGUCCUUGUCUUAUUGCUGGUGACUGUCGCAACCGCUGUCGACACGCCCUUCAACGAGAACGUGCUGAAGUUGAAGCUCUGGGCAGUCAUCAUCACUGCCCUUAUGAUUCUUGUUGGGAUUGUCCCACGGGUACAGAAGCAGAAGCUUGGCAUUUUGUCUCAGACUUGA